AAAGCAAACAGCUCAUAUUAAGGAAAACUAGAGCCAAGAAAUCUUUCACCUGCACUCAGUGUGGAAAGAGAUUGACAUCCAAAUAUAAUCUUGACAUUCACAUGAGACUUCAUACCGGAGAGAAACCAUACAAGUGUUCACACUGUGACAAGAGAUUCAGUCGAUCAGAUCACCUGAAAAGACAUGAGAUAAUUCACUCUGAAAAGAAACCAUACAAGUGUUCACACUGUGACAAGAGAUUCAGUCGGUCAGAUCGCCUAAAAAAACACGAUAUAAUUCACUCUGGCGAGAAGCUAUACAAGUGUUCACACUGUGACAAGAGAUUCAGUCAGUCAGAUCACCUAAAAAAACACGAGAUAAAACACUCUGGAGAGAAACCGUACACAUGUGAUCAGUGCGGGAAGAGAUUCACGCUAAAAGGAAACCUUACAGCACAUAUAAGAGUUCAUACUGGAGAGAAACCAUUCACUUGUGUUCAGUGUGGGAAGAGUUUCUCACAGUCAGCAAGCCUUAGGAAUCAUAUGAACAUCCACACUGGAGAGAAACCGUUCACUUGUGAUCAGUGCGGGAAGAGUUUCUCACGAAAAAGACACCUUACAGACCAUAUGAGAGUUCAUACUGGAGAGAAACCAUUCACUUGUGUUCAGUGCAGUAAGAGUUUCUCACACUCAGCACAACUUAUGCAUCAUAUGAACCUCCACACUGGAGAGAAACCAUUCACUUGUGUUCAGUGCGGGAAGAGUUUCUCACAAUCAUCAAAACUUAAGCAGCAUAUGAACAUCCACACUGGAGAGAAACCUUACACAUGUCAUCAAUGCGGGAAGAGUUUCUCAAAAUUAUCAAAACUUAAGGAGCACAUGAACAUCCACACUAGAGAGAAGCUAUACUCAUGUGGUGUGCGGAAAAACAUUUUGUUAACUGAACACACCUAAAAGCAUACGAAGGAGAAACCACAUUCAUGUUAUUUGUGUGGAAAGAGUUUUUCAUUACUACAAAGUUUAAAAUUACAUCAGAAAAUACAUACUGGUGUGAGAGAUUACAUGUGCUUUGAGUGUGAGAAGACUUUUACUUCUGCGAGCAAUUUAAAAAAGCAUGAGAGGAUUCACACUGGAGAGAAACCUUACAAGUGUUCACACUGUGACAAGAGAUUCAAUGUGUCAUCAAGUCUGAAAACACAUGAGAGGAUUCACACUGGAGAGAAACCUUACAAGUGUUCACACUGUGACAAGACAUUCAGUGUGUCAUCAAGUCUGAAAACACAUGAGAGGAUUCACACUGGAGAAAAACCUUACAAGUGUUCACACUGUGACAAGAGAUUCAAUCAUUCAGUAAGUCUGAAAACACAUGAGCGGAUCCACACUGGAGAGACACCCUAUCACUGCCCUGCAUGUGGGAAGUGUUUCAAUAAUUCAUCUUCUCUACACAGUCAUACAAAAAACAAUCACAGUUAGUAGAUCAUCUUCAGAUCCAGCACUUUCAGAUCUGAUGCUGCAUCCUCACCAAAUGUGACACAAUAACGCAUCAAGCAGUAAAAUAUCAUCUGUAUAAAUCUGUUCUAACCAGACAUUGCAAGUGACUUGACGAAGAAACAUUAUCUAAAGUUUUCACAGUGAGUAAAAGUUUAUUUUCAUCUUCAAAACCAGCAGAUUCAACUGUGAGAUUCAGAUAAACUCAAAGAUGCAGUUCCUCCCCAAAGAACAAUGUCAAAAUGUUUUAUUCUUGUAUGCCAUUUUAUUUCAUGAUAUAAAUGAUAUCAGUGUGCUUUCUUAUGAGUUUUAUAUUUUUCAAUUGUCUUAUAAUGCAUAUGUGUCACUUGUAGUUUGCUUUCUCUUUUAUUAAGGAAAGUAGAAGUUUUUACAAACCGUUCUUGUUUGAGGAGCUGAAGAAGAGACUGUAACACUUAAGAAAGACUGAGAUUUUAAUUUUGUUCUUUACUGUUGUUUUCAUAAAAUUAUAGUUGUUUUCAUAAAAUUACUGACAUAAUUUAAAUGUAACCUUUGAACGAUUGCGUAAAUUACAUUAAUU